CCCCGCUCCUGCCGCGCCCGCAGCGCCCGCUGCCCCGUGCCAGCUCGCAGCCGCCCGAGCCCCGAGAGGCGGCCGGGACGAGCGCGAGGAGCCCCGAAGGACCUGCACGCGGCGCCCGCGACGCCACGUCCGCAGCAGCAACAGCAUAGGCACUGAGUGCGGUCUGUGCACCCCUUUGCCACCCACCGGUGCCGGCACUGAGCCUGCACCCUGUCUCACGCCCUCUGGCUGUUGCCAUGACGUCCACCUGCACCAACAGCACGCGCGAGAGUAACAGCAGCCACACGUGCAUGCCCCUCUCCAAAAUGCCCAUCAGCCUGGCCCACGGCAUCAUCCGCUCAACCGUGCUGGUUAUCUUCCUCGCCGCCUCUUUCGUCGGCAACAUAGUGCUGGCGCUAGUGUUGCAGCGCAAGCCGCAGCUGCUGCAGGUGACCAACCGUUUUAUCUUUAACCUCCUCGUCACCGACCUGCUGCAGAUUUCGCUCGUGGCCCCCUGGGUGGUGGCCACCUCUGUGCCUCUCUUCUGGCCCCUCAACAGCCACUUCUGCACGGCCCUGGUUAGCCUCACCCACCUGUUCGCCUUCGCCAGCGUCAACACCAUUGUCGUGGUGUCAGUGGAUCGCUACUUGUCCAUCAUCCACCCUCUCUCCUACCCGUCCAAGAUGACCCAGCGCCGUGGUUACCUGCUCCUCUAUGGCACCUGGAUUGUGGCCAUCCUGCAGAGCACUCCUCCACUCUACGGCUGGGGCCAGGCUGCCUUUGAUGAGCGCAAUGCUCUCUGCUCCAUGAUCUGGGGGGCCAGCCCCAGCUACACUAUUCUCAGCGUGGUGUCCUUCAUCGUCAUUCCACUGAUUGUCAUGAUUGCCUGCUACUCCGUGGUGUUCUGUGCAGCCCGGAGGCAGCAUGCUCUGCUGUACAAUGUCAAGAGACACAGCUUGGAAGUGCGAGUCAAGGACUGUGUGGAGCAUGAGGAUGAAGAGGGAGCAGAGAAGAAGGAGGAGUUCCAGGAUGAGAGUGAGUUUCGCCGCCAGCAUGAAGGUGAGGUCAAGGCCAAGGAGGGCAGAAUGGAAGCCAAGGACGGCAGCCUGAAGGCCAAGGAAGGAAGCACGGGGACCAGUGAGGGUAGUGUAGAGGCCAGGGGCAGCGAGGAGGUCAGAGAGAGCAGCACGGUGGCCAGCGACGGCAGCAUGGAGGGUAAGGAAGGCAGCACCAAAGUUGAGGAGAACAGCAUGAAGGCAGACAAGGGUCGCACAGAGGUCAACCAGUGCAGCAUUGACUUGGGUGAAGAUGACAUGGAGUUUGGUGAAGACGACAUCAAUUUCAGUGAGGAUGACGUCGAGGCAGUGAACAUCCCGGAGAGCCUCCCACCCAGUCGUCGUAACAGCAACAGCAACCCUCCUCUGCCCAGGUGCUACCAGUGCAAAGCUGCUAAAGUGAUCUUCAUCAUCAUUUUCUCCUAUGUGCUAUCCCUGGGGCCCUACUGCUUUUUAGCAGUCCUGGCCGUGUGGGUGGAUGUCGAAACCCAGGUACCCCAGUGGGUGAUCACCAUAAUCAUCUGGCUUUUCUUCCUGCAGUGCUGCAUUCACCCCUAUGUCUAUGGCUACAUGCACAAGACCAUUAAGAAGGAAAUCCAGGACAUGCUGAAGAAGUUCUUCUGCAAGGAAAAGCCCCCGAAAGAAGAUAGCCACCCAGACCUGCCCGGAACAGAGGGUGGGACUGAAGGCAAGAUUGUCCCUUCCUACGAUUCUGCUACUUUUCCUUGAAGUUAGUUCUAAGGCAAACCUUGAACUGUCCAUAACACGACAAACAAGAGGAGAUUUCUUUUCAAUGGACCCACAAUUCAUUAAUGCCAAACCAUACCAUUUCAGGCAAAGGUAUUGCACACACAUGCUCUUCACCACAAGGUAGAUAAAUAUAUAGAAGAGGCAGGAACUGGGGUCUUUCCGUAAAAGCAUGGACUUGAGGAUUCUGACUGAAAUUUUCCCCCCAAAGAUUAUUAGGCUCUACAUUUCUUAAAGCAACAAGGGCUAUCCAUUUUGGACUUGUAGUUGGUAUUCUAUCUUUUCCAGAGCUACAACAUGCCAACUUUAGCUCUGAAGGAAAGGGAAGAUGAUGCUUGUGAACUUAAGGACUUUUCGGCCCUCGGGUCGGGAGCUCAUGGGCCAGAGGAGCUACAGCUUGUGUUCAACUGAAAGAAAGGCAAUGGACCAAAUCAUUCAUGGAGCCCAAGAAACAGAACCUAAUGGACUGAUCAACAUAUGAGCCAAAUUCUGAACUGAACAGCCCCACAGUCGGGUGCAAAGACUGUUAUGCAAACUAAAACAAAGGGCCUCCUACAGUUAGAAUCUCAAGAAGGUUUCUAGAUCCCCUAAAGGGAUCCAGAAAAGUAGAAGGACAUGUAUGAAAUGGGAAGCUAGUCCAAGGGAAAAGAUUGAGAAAUAACACACAUCUGGGGAGCUAAACAGUUGACUUUUUUUCCUAUAAAAUCUUGGGUUUAUGCAUGGGCUGGAACUGAGGUCAUUAAGUGUAAAUUGUCAAUUGACACAAAUAUUUUCUGUCUCCUGUUUGAAUAAUAGUGGGGCAGAAAUCAUGCCACUAUUUUACAACUUCCCUUAUGUGACUGAAUUGAGAUGCUGGUGGGAAUUCUUCAGAUCUCUGCCAACACUUGUGUUUUCUUUUGGUUUGUUUUUGUCAAAUAAGCCUUUUUUAGUCAAACAGUAUUUACAGAAAAAAAGAAAUUCAACUAGAAGUGGCCUAAGUCCUACAAAAUUCAUGAUGUCACUGAGGAACAAUUUGUUCAUCAGAAAUAUAUUUUGUGUCCAUGAGAUCAUAGACAAUAAAUGUGAUCUCCACAUGGGGAGCAAGGAAGGCAGAAUGAACAUUUUUCUUCCUCCAGGCACACCCAUGUGUCUUUUCCACCUGUGGCUCUCUUUAAAGCUUUUAAGCUCUCGGCAGAUGUGAGAGAGAAAUAUCAGAGAGUCAGAAAUGACAAAGAGGAUGAUUUCACAAUACCUAGAAAACAUGUAACCUAUUCCAAACAGUCCUAAAAUCAGAGCAUUCAGAUCAGACAUAUCCUAAUUAAUGCUGUUGAAAUAAAUCACGUUGGGAAACCUUUAACAAUAUCUAAAUUAUCCCUAGGGUCAAUUCACAGGAACAUUCCUCAAAUCCCAAACCACAAAAUAACUUUGGGCAGGGAUAUACAUAUACAUUUCUGAGGGCAUGGGCCGUAUGUAUGUGACCAAGUAACAUGGAACCAAAAAAACAGUCAAGCCAGUGUUUUUCAUCCUCCUACAGAACAAGUUAAAGCAACUCUAAAGUCAACCAACUGUUCAUGCAGAAAUCCACUGUCAAUAUGGGUGGAGGGAGUGUUUGGUUGAAAAUGGUUAAUCAGGUAGUUGUAUGAUGUAAGAUGACCAUCUUCAGAGUUUAGCCUCAUUCUUGUGUGAUUGUCAUGCCUUUAUUAGAACUCAAGUUUCAUUUAAAUAAAUGCCCAGCUCAUUUAUAUUUUUUUAUCUCUUCCUCCUCACAGAUUUCAACAUGAACUUCUCAAGGGGUAAACAGCAAUGUAUUUGGACUGUGAAUAACUCUGCAUGGGAAUUUGGGAUUGCCAUGUUCAGAAUUUAGGAAAGUAGAGGGAAUAGAACCAAAUAAUAUAGAGCUGACCCAUCCAAUAAAAAUACCACGAUAACCUUAUUAAUUCCAACUCCAUUAAUUUGGAACUUGUAGUUAUUCAGACAAGGCAUGGGGGCUAAAGUUUACCCUUACACUAUCAUUUAUUUUUCUACCAAAAUGCAUAAAGUGAAUUAACAGUCAUAAGUUUGUUCUACCAAUUUAUUGCCAAACUCUUGUACUGACCUGUCCUUAAAGGAUAUCUGGGUGAAGAAAUGGCCUAUGUGAUCAAUCCUCCCACAGGGGAGGGGCAGUGCCUUCAGGUCUGUUCAAAUUGUCAAAGGAGUUCAAGGUAGCUAUAGCCUAUCCUUUGAGUAGAAAUGCUUACUUGGGUAGGAAACAGGAUUUCAAACAUAAAUGUCUCCAAACAUUGUGUUAAAACUGAACUUCUUGUUUUAUUUUUAAAGCUCACCCCCUUCAAAGUGUAUCAGAGAAAAUUGUUUGCCAAAAUCCCAAAUCAAAAUGGAACCAGAACCUGUACAAGUAUGGUAAGUCCAUUUAACAGCACACACAACAUUCUCAAGGGCACUGAGAUUCCCUGCUUUCCUUUUUGAAGUUCCUCUUUUCCCUAUUUUAGUCAUUGUCCAUUAUUUUGGUAAAUUGGAUUCCUCAAAAGUGAAGACCUUUUGAAAAUAUGAGCCUGGAAAAGAGGACCUUUUAAUUAAGAGCAUUCUGCUUUGAUGACAUUUUCUUCUAAAUGAACAAUAAGGCCUAUGGUUAGCUUGGAGAUAGCAAGUACUCGAAAUUUUUUGCUAUUUUGAAUAAAGCACUAUCAACUUAAUGAGGUUUUACUGCACAUACUGUUUUGUCAUUUGAAAAUCUGAAAGCACACAAAAAAAGUCAUCAUUAGCCUCACAGAUCCUCAUGUGCAAUAGCUUUCCCUGAAUGUUUUUAAAGGAUGUAUUCUUUUGCCAAGGCCACUUCAUAUGUGCAGUAAAAAAAAAAAAAAAAUCCCAUUAAAGUACAGGGGCCAGACAAACCAGACUAUGAAAUGAUGUGAUUUUAAAUUUAAUGAUUUUCCUUAUUUACGAAUAAUAGAGCAUCUAGUUUGCCAAGAAGUCGCAGGUGCUUUGACUAACACACCAAUUUCCACAAGCUUGGGAAGGCAGUAAUAAGGAGCAAGCCCUGGGCUUCUGUGACUUCUGUGAUGCUAGGGUCCCACUUCUCUGAGACACCACAAGUACCAGCUGCUUGGAAGGCCUCUGCACUUCCAGCUCCCUGCCUACCUCUUGCCAUCAGCCCACUGCCUUCACCUGCCUCACUCCCUCUCCCUCUGCUGCACUGGCCCUUCAGGAAUAGUCCAUGCUUGAAGCUCUGCGUGUUCACCUACUCCCCAUCCAUCCCUUCCCAACCCAGAGCUGACAGAUUCACAGGGACCUGGGGGCCUAUGGAAGCAGGGAAGGAGAGAAGUGAGCCAUAGGAGUGACCAGCAAUGAAAGGUAUUUUUCUGUCUCCUACCCAACUCCAAUCCAAUUUAGAGAUGACGGGAUACCUACUUCAAAUUCAACAGGUAAGGAAAAGUGCCAGUUAUUAUUUAGUAGAAGGUAGGCACCUAAUUUUUUACCAAAAAAGCACUCGAUAUUACGCAUCAUUGGGGGAAUAGUCAAUACUGUAGAUACUGUCCAAUUAUUUCAGCAAAAAUAGAACACUAAAAAAUGUUUCACCUACAGAAUUAUAAGAUGCCUAACAUUGCCUUAUUUUAUAUAUAAUUAGCCAAUUAAGCUAGGUAAAGUUACUUCAAGAAGAUUUUUUCAUACUACCUGAAGAAUAAUUUACAUGAUUAAACUAGGCUUACUUAGACUUUGCCAAAAAAGCUUUUAAAAGUGUCUGAAACACAUCAUUUGGAAGAAAAAAAAUACGCAUCAUCUGGUAAUUUGGACUCUCAAGAUAAAACUCUCAUGGGUUGUUGGGAUAAAACAAUGAGCAACAAUUUAAACUACUGGACUGUAUUUUUCUCUCAUAACCACCCUGCCCAAUAUUUUGAGGAAAAAAAUAACGUGUUUUCCCCUCAUAAUGUCUUUUCUGUUGUAUUCCUCUUUAAGAAAGACCUCACGCUGUCAAGAGAGGUUUCUCUAAGCAAAAUGCCGUUUCUUUCUAGACCAGACAAAAGAUUACAGGAACAGUUAGCUGUUAGCCAGUGGCCAAGAUAAGGAGAGAAAAUCUGGCCACUCAAUGGCUUUUAACCCUCUCCCUCCUUAUCUCUUCCUCUUACUUUCCAUGGGCUGGACUAGUGCUCUCGGCCCCUCAAAGCCCCUCUAAGCUAAGGCAUGAGGAGACAGAAGCAAUGAGCUGGAAACAGCAAAUGCGAUAGUCUAAAAUCCAAAAAGAAGAGAAAUCCUUGUCAUAAAUUCUUUCCAAUUACUUAGCAAUGAUCUCUUCCUCUAUGUCAAAUGCCCAGCUUGCUUACAGCAGUCUUUUGCCCUAAGCAACAAAACUGGCUAGAGGAAGAAACAGUGAAGCUAAAAUCCACUGAAAGAGGAAGAAACAGGAAAGCUAAAAUCCACUGAACCUGGCCACAGAUUGCCAGGUCACUGACAAGUUCACUGCUCUUUGGUAAAUAGAAUAAGAAUCCUCAAGGUAAAUGAAGGUUGCUAAUAGGUGUCAAGUGUUUCCAUCAUUGCCUCCCAAAGCCUCCAUAUCUCAGAGUACACACACCAAGGGAAAACCACAGUGACUUAGACACUCAGCAGGAGGUUUACUAUGUCUGAGGAAUAAUUAUUCUAUCUGUCUUGUUCUAAAAUGUAGAGAAAAACAAGAUUGGUUUUAGUUUGAUGUUUCAAACGUGAGUGGAUUUUCCCCCCUCAUCUGUGCUACAACUUUAAUGUUAAAAGUUUGCUAUUUUCGUCUUGUUUUAGUGAUGUAGUAUUUUUUGUAGUAAUUCUCCUAAAUGUAAACUAUAACUGUAUAUAAAAUGUAAGUGUUCUUGGAGAUAUGGUGCUAGAUAUUAGAUUGUGUUUGUAGAUAGUGUUGUCCUCAAAGGUAGUAUGUACUUGUAAAGUUAGUUAAUAAAAUGCAUGCCAAAUUCUAUGUGUGACCUACAACUUAGUCAGUUUCUGAUGUAGAACAUGGUACAUUUGUUUUUUAAAUUUAUUUUUGAAGUAUAUACUACAGGAUAUGUAAAAUAGUGCCAAGGUGGGGUUGCAGGAAGUGUUGCCUUUCAUUCCUUAAAUCCCUAAUAUGAUAUAUGACAGGUGAGAACUUAUUCUGGUACAAUUGGUCAUUAGUGUGAACUAAUCAUCGUGGCUGAAGUCCUUGCUGACAGUUUUCCACAACACACUUGGCACUGGUGUGCCUGUUUUCUAUUCACUGAAUAUAUAGAAUGCAAACUCAAAGAAGACCAUCCUUCUCCAUUAAAAAGGAAGGACUCCAGGAUAGGCAAGUAGAGUCCAGUUAGCAGGACGAAAAGAAUACUGCACCCUGAAGACCCAACCAACACCUGACCGUGAACUGACAGGUUUCGCGCUUGGCAGAUCCAUAAUGUGACCAUCCAUGCCCUCCUAAAGCAGUAGCAAAACCCAGAAAAAGGCUGCUCUGUUUUUCCCCCUUUGGUUGGUUGUCUGAGAGACAAGAUAGAGACAGCAUGGAUGGCUAACUAGAUAGAGAGGUAGUGGGACUCCUCUAUGGGGUCACAGCUACGGUGUUUGAUAGUUACAGUGCUGUAUCAAUGGAAUUUGUGUCAGACAAGAAAAGAAAACUAUAAGAUGAUUUUGUUAUAUUUUCAGAACAAAAUAUUACAACUAAAAAACUAUAUAUACCCUCAUUAAAUUGUUUUUAAAACUGCCUUUAAUACCAAAUUUUGCAAGCUGCUUUGAAACUGAAAACAGAAAAAUGUAUUUAAUCAAUAAAUAGUUAUCUUUAAUAUUUUAACGUUUGAAUUUAAAAGUUUCAUUUUUCUUUAAAAACAAUAAGAAUUUGUAAUUGAAAAGUGCCUUUUCAAAGGAUUGUCAAACUACAGUCCUGGGGCCAAGUUCCCAUUGGCACGACUUACCUUCAGGUGCACAAAACAGGUAGGCUUUAUCUUCCUCCCCUCAACAAGAAGAGAACCCCACUCACACCCCAAUCAAAUUCAUAAAUCAACACUAUUACAUGGGCCAGCAGUCCCAGAGAUUCUGCCCAAGGCCAAGGUUUCACAUAUUGGUUGGCUUUAAUUGGAUCCUUUCUAAAAUGGUUACAAUGCCUUUUUUUUUUCUUUUGCUGGAAAGGAAUAACGGACUCCUGCUUGGGAAAUGCGGAGAAAUUGAUGUUUGUGAUUUAACUAAGUAUUAUUAAGUGAUGUUUGUGUUUCUUAAAUAGGUGCUGUUAUUCUA